GUACAACCUCUUGCGUUUACAAGAAGCAGACCUCAACGAAGCCGUUUAACUCCAAUACCAAUACUUCUGAAUCCUGUUUGUUUUUUGUGUGAUUAGGAUCAAGGUUACUACGCACAGUGCAAACGAGGGGUGUACUAACGGUCACCGAUCUCAUUUAUUUCAUUUCGAAGACCAGCAGUGGAUUGUGAGCUAUAUCAAGGGUGUGACGCAAAAUAAUGUCACGAAUACAUUUGUUCAUCGUACUAGUGAUGACUGUCAUCACUUUCAUCCUUGGGUUUUACAUGAGCAUGGUUAUUGAUCCAAAAUUGGAUGUGCCGCUGGAAUUUACUCAGAAGUCGUGUAACACAUUUCGAAAUAGUUCACAGAUUGUUUCAUGGGAAUCACGUGGACGCCGGACAAAUGACACGCAGCCCAAAAAGAUAUUUCUUGAUUGCGGCGCCAAUAUGGCUUCUUCUAUCAUGAUGUUCCGGGAAAUGUACCCAAAUUCCAGAGAGUUUGAAAUUCAUUCAUUUGAGAUUGAUUAUAAAUUACGUCCAUAUUUUGCUGCAUACGUAUCACAAGGAAAUGUAUAUGCACACAUACCAGUUGGUGUUUCUAAUGUUGACGGCAAUAUGACAGCAUUCUUAGAAGGUGCAUGGUUUCCUGGCAAAAUUAACAAUGAUCAGGACAUGCAGUGGGGUGGCGGAUCGCUGUUUGCAUUUGAUGAUGAGAAAAAUAUAGAUACAGAUGGUGGUAGACGAAAGCUCAGUCGUCACGUGACUGUUCCUACAAUUGAUAUUUCACAAUGGAUUCAGAAAAACACGCAAAAGGCCGAUUACGUUAUACUGAAAUUGGACGUUGAGGGAGCUGAAUAUGAAAUAUUGAAAAAGAUGUUGAAUGAUGGCACUUUUGCUUGGAUUGAUAAAUAUUAUGGUGAGUUUCACCCCUGGCAGCCAACUGGUUUAUCAAGACUGGAGAAGAAUAUAAUCGUCGAGAAAACUAAUAAACACAAGAGAAUCAUAACGUGGGCAGGAGAGUCUAAGACAAUAAGUGACUUGGAUGAAUUGCAAAAAAGCUAUAUACCGAUUGGAACGCCUGGAUCUCUCGGUAGAAUCAACGAUCAUUGCAAUAAGGCAUCCCAGUUGUCCAUUGUUAUUGAAGUGGGUAUGGACCCCAAAAAUGCAAAGCUUCUUGUAGAUGCGUUAACAGCCUACGAAAUAAGCUUUCCUUUGACCCUGUUCUUGUAUGGCAAUUUCAUCGAACUCUACCCAGAACUAGUCCUAGAAUGGAGCAAACAUUCUGAAUUAGGCAUUCGAGGGAGCAGUUCAAUGCCGAGUGGAUUAUGGGAGAGACAGAAUGGGGAUAUUCUUCAGCUAUCCGUUGUUAGUUCCGAAACGAGGCUUCGUGAACUGGGGUUUAUUGGAGCUUACUUUUUACCACCAGGAUUUAAUGCCAAUAUCAUCAGCAUCACGAAGCAAAGACAUCUCCGAUUGAUUAAUUCAACUAUAACAUUUCCUCCACGAACAGAUGGUUACUUGACAUUCGAAUCCUAUUUCAAAUAUAGGGACGUGGAAAGAAUACCAAAAGCCCUGAAGAUUUUACACGACGGUCUCGGUGGUAAAGGUGGAAUUUUAAGUCUUGAUUCUGACUUCCCUGAUUCCUAUCUGAUUUCGGCGUUCCUGUUGGAUUACAUUUUUGAAAUAUCAAGUUUUGAUGUAGUGAGUUUAAGACAUUGUCUUGGUUGAUUCAUGAAUUAUGCAAUUCUGUGGCGAUUAAUUAAAUUCAAUAGCUUGAUAAUGUAUUCAUAACCAAUAUGUAUUUGAUCAACUGUUUGAGUUGUCCAAAUGCUGUUUGUCCAAUCUGAAUUUUGAUGUCUGAUAAGUGGUUGCAAUUAUUAAUCAAUUUCAUUCGUAAAUGAACCAAC